AUGCCCGCCGGCGGCUCGGGCAGGGUGCCAACUGGGUUCGCUGCAGAGACGUACAUCAGCGACCACACCUUCCGCCAGGGUCAGCGCGCCAUCGAGGGCGGCGACGGGUCGAAGAAAAGAAAGCGAGAGGGCAAGGGCGAUUCGAGCGUCGUGACUGGCGCAGGCGCAUACAAGGGACCAUGGGCGAAGUAUGAGGAAGAGAGGCCAGAUGCUGCCUCAGACGACGAGUUCGGGUCGGACGUCGAGGUGGAAAUAGUUUACGAGGAAGACGAGAUUGUCGACAACGCUGCGCCCGCGCAAAAGAAGCUCGCCGGCACAGAUUACCGCGAUACCGAAGCCGAGGGCGAGACGAGCGAGUUUGUUGGCAGCCAGCAGUACGACUACCAGGGCCGGACGUAUAUGCAUGUGCCCACAGAUCUCGACAUCAAACUCACCGGCGAUUACGAGCCUAAAAACUUCAUACCGAAGAAGCUCAUCCACACCUACAAAUACCACACCAAGUCGAUCACUCAGGUUCGCUUCAUGCCUGACAGCGGACAUCUCCUACUGUCUGCCUCCGCCGAUUCGAAGAUUGCGCUAUGGGACGUCUAUCACCAACGCGAGCUCCUGCGAACAUACUCUGGGCAUACAAAGUCGGUUGUUGACAUCGACUUCAACCCCAGCGGCACACAGUUCAUAUCGGCUAGUUACGAUCGCUUCAUGAAGCUAUGGGACACAGAGACGGGAAAGUGCUUGAACAAGUUCACAACUGGCAAGACACCGCACGUGGUGCGCAUCAACCCCAGCACACCACACGAGUUCUUGGCCGGUAUGAGCGACAAGAAGAUCCUACAGUACGACACAAGAAGCGGAGAGAUGGUACAAGAAUACGACCACCAUCUGGGACCUGUCAACACAAUCACCUUCUGCGACGAGAACCGCCGCUUCAUCACCACAUCAGACGACAAGUCCUUACGCGCGUGGGAAUACGGCAUUCCCGUACCUAUCAAGUUCAUCGCGGAACCCUACAUGUUCUCCAUGGUCCGCUCCUCACCCCACCCGUCAGGCAAAUACGUUGCCUUCCAAUCGUCCGACAACCAGAUCACCGUCUACAGCUCCACCGACCGCUUCCGGCAGAACCGAAAGAAGAGCUACAGAGGGCACAAUGUGGCUGGAUAUGCACCAGACGUGGCGAUCAGUCCAGACGGGCAGUUCAUUAGCUCGGGUGACAGUGGAGGUUUCUUGUGCUUCUGGGACUGGAAGACGUGCAAGAUGUACCAUAAGAUUCCAGCGAGCGAUGCGCCUGUACUGUCAGUACAGUGGCAUCCGAGGGAGUCGAGCAAGGUGGUUGCUGGUGAUCUGAAUGGUGCUCUGAGAUUGUAUGAUUAG